GGGGCCGCGCGGGGGCCGCCAUGAUGGGAGCUGACAGGGGUCCUGGAUGAAGCUUCCGGUUGGGAAAGACACUGGGAGAGGUGGGACAACGUGGGGACGCGGGUGACGACGAGGGACACGCCAUGGGGACAGUGAAGUGGUGGCCCCAGCCCUUGGAAUGGGACAAGAGCCUUGGUGACACCAGGGGACAUGGGGCAGAGCCAAGGGGGUGGCACCAGCACCAACCCCAGCGGGUGUCCCCAUGGGGAUGUCCCCAUGUCCCCUCUGGAGCAGGGGCUCCAGGCCGUGGUUGACACCUUCUACCGCUACGCCCAGGCCCCGGCUGAGGGGCUGGAGCCCACCUUGGAUCCCAGCAGCUUCCAGCGCCUCCUGCGCCUGGAGCUGGGCCGCCAGCUCCGGGACACGGGGCAGCCCCGCGCGGUGGCCGCUGUCUUCUCGCUGCUGGACGCCAAUGGGGACCAGCGCAUCUCCUUCAGCGAGUACUGGCAGUUGGUGGCCUGGUUGUGCCACAUCCGGCGGCACCGGCACUAUGGGGCCAGCGCCGCCCCGCCACCCCCCACCUUCUGCUGCCCUGGGGGCAGCCAUAGGGACAGUGAGAUCCAGCCAGGGGGACAAUGAGAUCCAGCCAGGGGGACAGCCAUGGGGACAGCCAGGGGGACAAUGAGAUCCAGCCAUAGGGACAGCCAUGGGGACAGCCAGGGGGAUGAUGAGAUCCAGCCAUAGGGAUAACCAGGGGGACAACCAGGGGGACAAUGAGAUCCAGCCAUGGGGACAUCCAUAGGGACAUCCAUGGGGAGAACCAGGGGGACAAUGAGAUCCAGCCAUGGGGACAUCCAUAGGGACAUCCAUGGGGAGAACCAGGGGGACAAUGAGCUCCAGCCAUAGGGACAGCCAUGGGGACAGCCAGGGGGACAAUGAGAUCCAGCCAUGGGGACAUCCAUAGGGACAUCCAUGGGGACAGCCAGGGGGACAAUGAGAUCCAGCCAUAGGGACAUCCAUAGGGACAACCAGGGGGACAAUGAGCUCCAGCCAUAGGGACAGCCAUGGGGACAACCAGGGGGACAAUGAGAUCCAGCGAUAGGGACAGCCAUGGGGACAGCCAGGGGGACAAUGAGAUCCAGCCAUAGGGACAUCCAUAGGGACAUCCAUGGGGAGAACCAGGGGGACAAUGAGCUCCAGCCAUAGGGACAGCCAUGGGGACAACCAGGGGGACGAUGAGAUCCAGCCAUAGAGACAUCCAUGGGGACAGUCAUGGGGACAACCAGGGGGAUGAUGAGAUCCAGCCAUAGGGACAUCCAUAGGGACACCAGGGGGACGACGAGAUCCAGCCAUAGACAUCCAUGGGGACAACCAGGGGGACAAUGAGCUCCAGCCAUGGGGACAGCCAUGGGGACAGCCAUGGGGACAGCCAUGGGGACAGCCAGGGGGACGAUGAGAUCCAGCCAUAGAGACAUCCAUGGGCACAACGAGGGGGACGAUGAGAUCCAGCCAUGGGGACAGCCAGGGGGACAAUGAGAUCCAGCCAUAGGGACAGCCAUGGGGACAACCAGGGGGACGAUGAGAUCCAGCCAUAGGGACAUCCAUGGGGACAACCAGGGGGACAAUGAGAUCCAGCCAUAGGGACAACCAGGGGGACGAUGAGAUCCAGCCAUAGAGACAUCCAUGGGGACAACCAGGGGGACGAUGAGAUCCAGCCAUAGGGACAGCCAUAGGGACAACCAGGGGGACAACCAGGGGGACAAUGAGAUCCAGCCACAGGGGCAGCCAUAGGGACAACCAGGGGGACAACCUGGGGGACAGUGAGAUCCAGCCAGGGGGACAGCCAGGGGGAUGAUGAGAUCCAGCCAUAGAGACAGCCAGGGGGACAGCCAGGGGGACAAUGAGAUCCAGCCAUAGGGACAGCCAUGGGGACAACCAGGGGGAUGAUGAGAUCCAGCCAUAGGGACAUCCAUAGGGACACCAGGGGGAUGACGAGAUCCAGCCAUAGAGACAUCCAUGGGGACAACCAGGGGGACAACCAGGGGGACGAUGAGAGCCAGCCAUAGGGACAGCCAUGGGGACAACCAGGGGGACAACGAGAUCCAGCCAUAGGGACAACCAGGGGGACAACCAGGGGCACAAUAAGAUCCAGCCAUGGGGACAUCCAUGGGGACAGCCAGGGGGACAGUGAGCUCAAGCCAUGGGGACAACCAUGAGGAGAACCAGGGGGACAAUGAGCUCCAGCCCUGGGGACAUCCAUGGGGACAGCCAGGGGGACAAUGAGAUCCAGCCAUAGGGACAGCCAUAGGGACAACCAGGGGGACAAUGAGCUCCAGCCAUGGGGACAACCAUGGGAUGAGUCGUGUCCCUCCAGUGUGUCCAUCCAUGUGUCCGUGUGACCCCAUGUCCCCACAUUGGACCUUCCACAUGUCCCCACUGUGUCCUUCCAUGUGUCCCCAUGUCCCCACCGGGUCCCUCCUUGUGUCCCCAUGGAAUCCCCCCCUGUGUCCCCAUGGUGUCCCCACCAUGACAUGGGGCUGGUGGCACCCAUGGGUCGUGGUGGCCUUGGCCCCAUGAAUGCCAGUGACAUUGGAGGUGGGUGGGGAAAUGGUCCCAAAUCCCACUGGAAUAAUGGGAAAUGACUGGGAAUAGCAAUAAAAACCUGAACUGGU